AUGGCAACAUAUAGGCUGGAAAGAGGUUCUUUUCUCUUCAUUUUCUUGUUUCUUGCGGUCAUUUUCUUGGCAGAGUUUUCACAGGGGGAUGAAAAACCAAUUGGAACAAAACUAGAGAUGAUUCACAGAAACAAUUUCCGGCGUGCCAAAGGGAUGCCACCUAUAACUCGAUUUGAGCACCUCAGACAGUUACUUGAUCGUGAUAUUAUUCGCCAUCAAAAAAACAGAAAUCGACGACAAGCCCUGGAGUGUGGCAAUGCCCAACAAACCUGCACAAACAAUGUUUCUGGGGAUAUGAAAAUGUACUCGGGAGCUGAUUUUGGGGUAGGGGAAUACUACGUGUCCUUGUCGGUUGGAUCCCCUGCACAAAAAGUUGUCCUGAUAGCUGACACAGGGAGUGACUUGACUUGGGUGAAAUGUAAUUAUUGGUGCAAUGGCACUAGCUGUGGGGAAAAAUUUCGAAAGCUGAGAGUUUUUCAUGCGGAUCAAUCGUCGUCUUUCAAUACCGUGCCCUGCUCUUCAGAAAUGUGCGAGAAUGAGCUUAUAGAUCUCGCCUCUCUUCCUGAACAGUGCCCUUCUCUCCAAAGUCCUUGCGCCUACGAAUACAGGUACUUGAGCGGAGAGCCUACGCGUGGAAUCUUUGCUAAUGAGACAAUAACAUUUGCCCAGACGAAUGGCGAAGAGGCAAAAAUCCUCAACAUGUUAGUUGGAUGCAGUAACCCUUCCGAUUUUGAAAAUUACGAGGGGGCUGAUGGUGUCCUAGGGCUUGGAUACAACAACUAUUCCUUGGCACUCAGAGCUGUUAAUAAAUUCGGAGGCAAGUUUUCGUACUGUCUAGUCGAUCAUUGGAGCACCCAAAACGUGUCAAGCCAUCUCAUUUUCGGUUCCCACGAAAGCAUAGAAUCUAUUAAAACACUCAACGGAACGCAACGGACAGAACUCGUCCUAAGAAACAGUUCAGGCUAUGGUGUAAAUAUAAAGGGAAUUUCUGUAGGCACCAAAAUGCUCAAAAUCCCAGAUGAAGUGUGGGAUGUGAAGAGUGGUGGAGGGAUGACGCUUGAUUCCGGUACAUCCCUAACUUUCUUGACAAAACCUGCUUAUGAUCCUGUAAUGGCGGCCCUAACGCCGUCGUUAAAGAAUUUUGCAAGAUUAAAUCUCACUGGACAGCCCGAAUUCUGCUUUGAUUCCAAGGGAUAUAAUGAAUCUUUGGUGCCAAGAUUGGCGAUUCAUUUUGCAGAUGGAGUACAGUUUGAACCCCCAGUAGAAAAUUAUGUGAUUGAUGUGGCUGAUGGGCAAAAGUGCCUUGGGUUUGUUCAAAUGACUUGGCCUGAUCAAUCUAUUAUUGGCAACAUCAUGCAACAAAAUCACUUCUGGGAAUUUGACCUUGCAAAUGUGCUAGAUAACAUUAUUCUCAAGGAAAAGCAAGAUGGUGAAGGUGAGGCCACGACUACAUACAAGAGGGCAGAAAGUGAACCCGCACCACAGGUAUAUGAACUGCGCAAGAUAGAAGACGUCCUGCAAGUAGCAGCACAGCCCCUCGAUGAGGUGCACAGGAUAGACAAUGGUUCUGUGCAAGUUGCGAUGGCACUACUAAUUGAAAGCACGGGAUAG